AUGGAGUCCUCCCAGACCGUGGGACAGUUCAUCUCCAGGUCCGGCAAGGAGGGGAGGGGACCCUGGGUGUCUCCGGUCACUGUCUCAGGGGACAGUGGGAAGUCGACUGAGGAUAGGGAUGGUGGGCUGGGUGAGAAGCCGGUCCCUGUCCCCACCAUGCUGGCCUGCAGGGGCCUCUCCUCCCUGAGAGCGAGGGCAGACGCCGUCCUCUACCUGGACCUGGCAGCCUGCGGGCUUGGGCUCGGUCCAGACGCCUCCCUGAAUGCAGAUGUGCUGCCGCCGUCCUCCCGGGCUAUAAAGCCGCCUCCAGCGCCUUCGCGCGCGCAGGAGCGCUCGGAGUUGCGGGGUGCGGACCCCGGGCGGUUGCGGGGAAUUGGAGUCAGGCUGCGGCUGGGCUCCCAGGCUGGCCUUGUGUGUGGCGGACUCGGGGGCGGGGGCGCGGCGAUCUGUCGGUGCCUGUGGCCGCGGAGGCCAAAACGACUGCCCCUUCAGGCCCGGGAGACGCGGCCGCGGGGCGUGAAACGCUUCUUGCGAACGAGGAAACGCUCCGCCGAAUCCCCUCCCUUCAUCGCCAUGCCCCCCGUCAGAGCUGCCCCAGGACACACGGACCAGGAUGCUUUCUGGCAUCGCACUAUGUCCUUGACGCCCGCCCAGCUGGCACUGUGCGGUGGAUUUCCACACAGGGUGCAACCUCUGUGGGCAGAGACCAGGAUGCAGCUUUGGGGGAUGAAAAGCACAGCCUCCCGUCUGUUCCCUGAUGCAAUCGCAGCCGCUCCGGAGCCCGCCUCCUUUGAGGGGCUUGACAGGUCCAUCUAUGAGUGUGUCCCAGGUAGAGCUGAGCCCUGAGCUGGCCAGUUUCCUCCAUCUGCAGAGAGGUGUGAGGUUGGCCAAGCCCCGGGGCAACCUCAGCGCAGGCUCCCUGAGCCCCUGUGGAACAUCUCCUCAAGUUCUCUCUCUGUGCUGGGCUCUGGACAGAGGCAGCGGAGCAGGGGACCAGAAGCACUCAUCUACCAAAGUCACACCCUUCUUGGGGACACAGUAGACGAUACCCCUCAUUCUUACUUACAAUUCAGUGUGACUUUAACUAAAUGUGGUCAUAUGGAACGUGGGCAGACGUGACGUGUUCUACCUUCCGUCUAACCCAGAAAAAGCCCCCUGGGAGCACUUCAUGCUCUUUUCCCUUGUACUAGCUGAAUGCAGAGAGUGAUGAGGAGCCAGGGUGAAAUGAAGUCAAGGCACAAAAUAGAGGGAGCCUGGAUCCCCGAGGGACUGCGUGGACGGACACACCCACUGCAGUCUGCGUUGGAGCAAGAAAUAAACAUCUCUGUUGAACUUUG